CAGAGGUGACACCGCAGACUCCCGCCGGUCACAUGACUCCAGUCUAGAGCGCUGAUCGCACUGCGGCUCCCGCCCAGGCGAAUUUCGCCCCCGCGCGGCCGUUGCCGAGGAGACGGCGCAUGUCUCCCGGCGCGUUGCCCCCUCUGCAGUCCCCCCGCCCCUCUUCUCCCACCACAAUGAGAGCCUAAGAUGGCGGUGGCUGCGACGGUUGGAGCCGAGUAGCUGAGGUAGAAAAGGCGGCCAUUGGGCCCUAAGCAGCCAGGAAACUUGGGGACUCUCCCUGCUGUGGUCUCUAAGGGAGGCCCGCCGCCGGUGGCGGUUCGUGGGGGCUGGCCGCUACUCCGCCCUUGGCGGGAGCGGCUGCUUCGUUUACAGUUACAGGGUUAUUUUUUAAUGAAGUAGCCAGCUUUUAAAUAAAGAAACAUUUUCCUCAUCAACGGGUCUGCAAAGUUCUGGAAGUUUUGAGUGACAGGAAGUUAAUGACUUGAUCAAUCUGAAGAGUAAACUUGGGCAUGGAUUUUUUACAUGAUGAUUACAUUAUAUUCCAAAACAACAGUUUUGAAGUGUGAAACAGGAAAGGAGCCGUUUCUGAGCUGCAAAAACUAGUUUCUAAACAGAACAUUAAUUAUAAAAGCCAGUAUGGCCACAGGAGGAGGUCCUUUUGAAGAAAGCAUGAAUGAUCAGGAUUUACCAAACUGGAGCAAUGAGGGUGUUGAUGACCGACUCAACAACAUGGAUUGGGGUGGCCAACAGAAGAAGGCAAAUAGAUCAUCAGAAAAGAAUAAGAAAAAGUUUGGUGUAGAAAGUGAUAAAAGGGUAACUAAUGAUAUUUCUCCGGAGUCAUCGCCAGGAGUUGGAAGGCGAAGAACGAAGACUCCACAUACGUUUCCGCAUAGUAGAUACAUGACGCAGAUGUCCGUUCCCGAGCAGGCAGAAUUGGAGAAACUUAAACAGCGGAUAAACUUCAGUGAUUUAGAUCAGAGAAGCAUUGGAAGUGAUUCUCAAGGUAGAGCAACAGCUGCUAACAACAAACGUCAGCUUAGUGAAAACCGAAAGCCCUUCAACUUUUUGCCUAUGCAGAUUAAUACUAACAAGAGCAAAGAUGCUGCUGUAAAUCCUCAAAAGAGAGAAAUGAUUGGAUCAGCACAAUGUAAAGAGUUGUUUGCUUCUGCUUUAAGUAAUGACCUUUUGCAAAACUGUCAAGUCUCUGAAGAAGAUGGGAGAGGAGAGCCUGCAAUGGAGAGCAGCCAGAUUGUAAGCAGGCUUGUUCAGAUUCGUGACUAUAUUACUAAAGCUAGUUCCAUGCGGGAAGAUCUUGUAGAGAAAAAUGAAAGAUCUGCUAAUGUUGAGCGCCUUACUCAUCUAAUAGAUCACCUUAAAGAACAAGAAAAGUCAUAUAUGAAAUUUCUCCAAAAAAUUCUUGCUAGAGAAAAUGAGGAGGAGGAUGUUCGGACUAUAGAUUCAGCUGUGGGAUCUGGUUCUGUAGCUGAGAGCACAUCGCUAAACAUAGAUGUGCAGUCUGAGGCUUCAGAUACCACGGAGGCAUCUUUUAGUCUGAGAAUUCGGCCGUGCAUUGAGGACAAACUAGGGAAUUCAGCUUCACAAGAACAGGUUUCAGACAUUGACGUUACAACAAGUCCAAAAGGGAAAGGUGACAGACCUCCUCAGAAUGACAGGGAACUGAGGCCUAAUAGGAAAUAUAGCCGAAAACGUGGAUUUCCCUCAAAGGCCAGAGAUCCUCAGCAGGAGCCUAUGGAAGAGAUAGAAAAUUUGAAGAAACAACAUGAUUUAUUAAAAAGGAUGUUACAGCAGCAGGAGCAGCUGAGAGCUCUGCAGGGACGACAAGCUGCUCUUCUUGCUCUGCAGCAUAAGGCAGAGCAAGCUAUUGCUGUGAUGGAUGAUUCUGAAAAGGUUGCAGGGACAACUCCUGGCCAUCAUACUGUACCGUGCAGACAGCCAGCUCGCUCUCCUUUUCAUCAGAGAGUACCCUUAAGAGCUGUAACAGAAACUACAGGUAGCCUAUCUGGAGUCAGUAUCACAUCUGAACUAAAUGAAGAAUUGAAUGAUUUAAUUCAGCGUUUUCAUAAUCAGCUUCGUGAUUCUCAGCCUCCACCUGUUCCAGAUAAUAGAAGACAAGCAGAAAGUCUUUCAUUAACUAGGGAGGUUUCUCAGAGCAGAAAUCCAUCAGUUUCAGAGCAUUUACCUGAUGAGAAAGUCCAGCUUUUUAGCAAAAUGAGAGUGUUACAAGAAAAGAAACAAAAAAUGGACAAGCUGCUUGGAGAACUUCAUACACUUCGAGAUGAGCAUUUGAACAAUUCAUCCUUUGUGCCUUCUUCAGCCUCCCCACAAAGGAGUGCGGAUCAGAGAAGUACAACAGCAGCUCCCUCUGCUCCUGUAGGCUUAACACCAGUUGUCAAUGGAGAAUCCAAUAGCCUCACAUCAUCUGUUCCUUAUCCUGCUGCUUCUCUGGUUUCUCAGAAUCAGAGUGAAAAUGAAGGCCACCUAAAUCCAACUGAAAAACUCCAGAAGUUAAAUGAAGUUCGAAAGAGGUUGAAUGAGCUAAGAGAAUUAGUUCAUUAUUAUGAGCAAACAUCAGAUAUGAUGACAGAUGCUGUAAAUGAAAACACAAAAGAAGAAGAAACUGAAGAGUCAGAAUAUGAUUCCGAGCAUGAAAAUUCUGAACCUGUUACUAACAUUCGAAAUCCACAAGUAGCUGCCACCUGGAAUGAAGUAAAUAGUAAUUCUAAUGCACAGUGUGUUUCUAAUAAUAGAGAUGGGAGAUCAGUUAAUUCUAAUUGUGAAAUUAACAACAGAUCUGCUGCCAACAUAAGGGCUCUAAACAUGCCUCCUUCUUUAGCAGAUUGUCGAUACAAUAGAGGACGAGAACAGGGGAUUCACGUUGCACAAGGUGAAGGUGAGGAGGAGGAGGAGGAAGAAGCAGAAGAUGAGGCAGUCAGUGGAGCGUCAUUAUCUAGUCAUCGGAGCAGUCUGGUUGAUGAGACGCCUGAAGAUGCUGAAUUUGAACAGAAGAUCAGCAGACUUAUGGCUGCAAAACAGAAACUUAGACAGUUACAAGAUCUUGUUGCAUUGGUGCAGGAUGAUGAUACAGCAGAUCAAGGAGUUAUCUCUGCCAAUACCUCAAAUUUGGAUGAUUUCUACCCAGCAGAAGAAGACACCAAACAAAAUGCAAAUAACACUAGAGGAAAUACCAAUAAAACACAGAAAGAUGCUGGAGUAAAUGAAAAGGCAAGAGAGAAAUUUUAUGAGGCUAAACUACAGCAGCAACAGAGAGAGCUCAAACAAUUGCAGGAAGAAAGAAAGAAACUGAUUGAGAUUCAAGAGAAAAUUCAAGCAUUGCAAAAGGCAUGUCCUGACCUACAGCUGUCAGCCACUAGUGUGGGUAAUUGUCCCACAAAAAAAUAUAUGCCAGCUGUUACUUCAACCCCAACUGUUAAUGAAAAUGAAGCCAGUACAAGCAGAUCUGCUUUUGAACCUGAUGAUCCUUCAGUGGUAGAUAAUGAGUUGUGGUCAGAAAUGCGAAGACACGAAAUGUUAAGGGAAGAGCUGCGACAGAGAAGAAAGCAGCUUGAAGCUUUGAUGGCUGAACAUCAGAGGAGGCAAGGUCUGGCUGAAACUACAUCUCCAGUGGCUGUUUCACUGAGAAGUGAUGGGUCUGAGAACCUGUGUACGCCUCAACAGAGUAGAACAGAAAAAACAAUGGCAACUUGGGGAGGUUCUACCCAGUGUGCACUAGAUGAAGAAGGAGAUGAAGAUGGUUACCUUUCUGAAGCAGUUCGGACAGAUGAAGACGAGGAGGAGGAGGAGCAAGACGCCGGCUCCCAUGAUAGCUUUUCCGUGUGUCCUCCUAGCAGCGCAAAUCAUAACUCCUAUCAUGUAAAGGAAACUAAAAAUAGGUGGAAGAACAAUCGCCCUUUUUCAGCAGAUGGAAAUUAUCGUCCUUUAGCCAGGACAAGACAACAGAAUAUCAGCAUGCAGCGUCAGGAAAACCUUCGCUGGGUGUCAGAACUCUCUUAUGUAGAAGAGAAAGAACAGUGGCAAGAACAAAUCAAUCAGCUAAAGAAACAACUUGAUUUCAGUGUCAAUAUUUGUCAGACUUUGAUGCAAGACCAGCAGACUCUGUCUUGUCUGCUACAAACUCUUCUCACGGGCCCUUACAGUGUUAUGCCCAGCAAUGUUGCAUCUCCUCAAGUACACCUUAUAAUGCACCAGUUGAACCAGUGCUAUACCCAGCUAACAUGGCAACAGAAUAAUGUACAAAGGUUGAAGCAAAUGCUAAAUGAACUUAUGCGCCAACAAAAUCAUCCAGAAAAACCUGGAAGCAAGGAAAGAGUCAGUAGUGCAUCACACCCUCCUUCUCCCAGUUUAUUUUGUCCUUUCAGCUUUCCAGCACAGCCUGUAAAUCUGUUCAACCUACCGGGGUUUACUAAUUUUUCAUCAUUUGCACCAGGUAUGAAUUUCAGCCCUUUAUUUCCUUCUAAUUUCGGAGGUUUUUCUCAAAAUAUUUCUGCACCCACUGAACAGCAGCAACCAUUAGCCCAGAAUCUUUCAGGGAGAACAGAAUACAUGGCUUUUCCAAAACCUUUUGAAAGUAGUUCUUCUGUUGGAGCAGAAAAACAAAGGAAUCAAAAACAGCCCGAAGAGGAGGUGGAGAACAGUAGGACACCAUGGUUAUAUGACCAAGAAGGUGAAGUAGAAAAACCAUUUCUCAAGACUGGAUGUGCAGUGUCUGUAAAGAAAACAACAAAUAGUAAUCGCAAAAAUCAAUUAGAUACCAGUAGGAGAAGACGCCAAUUUGAUGAAGAGUCGUUAGAAAGCUUUAGCAGUAUGCCUGACCCAGUAGAUCCAACAACAGUAACUAAAACAUUCAAGUCAAGAAAAGCAUCUGCACAGGCCAGCCUGGCAUCUAAAGAUAAAACUCCCAAAUCAAAGAGUAAGAAGAGGCAUUCUACUCAGCUGAAAAGCAGAGUUAAAAAUAUUGGGUAUGAAAGUGCCAGUAUGUCUAGCACAUGUGAACCUUGCAAAAGUAGGAACAGACAUUCAGCCCAGACUGAAGAGCCUGUUCAAGCAAAAGUAUUCAGCAGAAAGAAUGAGCAGCUGGAAAAAGUAAUAAGAUAUAGUAGGUCUACAGAAAUAUCUUCAGCACAUGCUAGGAGAAUACUACAGCAGUCUAACAGAAAUGCAUGCAAUGAAGCGCCAGAAACCGGGAGUGAUUUUUCCAUGUUUGAAGCUUUGCGAGAUACCAUUUAUUCUGAAGUAGCUACGUUGAUUUCUCAAAAUGAAUCUCGUCCACAUUUUCUUAUUGAACUCUUCCAUGAACUUCAGCUACUGAAUACAGACUAUUUGAGACAGAGGGCUUUAUAUGCAUUGCAGGACAUAGUAUCCAGACAUAUUUCUGAGAACCAUGAAAAAGAAGGGGAAAACGUAAAGUCAGUGAAUUCUGGUACUUGGAUAGCAUCAAACUCAGAACUUACUCCCAGUGAAAGCCUUGCUACUACUGAUGAUGAAACUUUUGAGAAGAACUUUGAGAGAGAAACACAUAAAAUAAGUGAGCAAAAUGAUGCUGAUAAUGGUAGUGUCAUGUCUGUAUCUUCAAAUUUUGAGCCUUUUGCAACAGAUGAUCUGGGUAACACUGUGAUUCACUUAGAUCAAGCAUUAGCCAGAAUGAGAGAAUAUGAGCGUAUGAAGACUGAGACUGAAAGUAACACAAAUGUCAGAUGCACCUGCAGGAUUAUUGAGGAUGAGGAUGGUGCUGCUGCCCCGACUACGGUUGAUAGUUUAGAAGUGGAAACUCCUGUUAUUGAAAAUCAUAGUUCACAGCAAUCUGUAAGUGAAGUUUCUACCGUCCCAUGUCCUAGAAUUGAUACGCAGCAACUGGACCGGCAAAUUAAAGCAAUUAUGAAAGAAGUCAUUCCCUUUUUGAAGGAGCACAUGGAUGAAGUAUGCUCUUCUCAACUUCUAACCUCAGUAAGACGCAUGGUUUUGACUCUUACCCAGCAAAACGAUGAGAGCAAAGAGUUUGUAAAGUUCUUUCAUAAACAACUUGGAAGUAUAUUACAGGAUUCACUGGCAAAAUUUGCUGGUAGAAAACUGAAAGAUUGUGGAGAAGAUCUUCUUGUAGAGAUAUCUGAAGUGUUAUUUAAUGAAUUGGCUUUCUUUAAACUCAUGCAAGAUUUGGAUAAUAAUAGUAUAACUGUUAAACAGAGAUGCAAAAGGAAAAUCGAAGCAGCUGGAGUGAUACAGUCUUAUGCAAAAGAGGCCAAAAGGAUUCUUGAAGGAGAUCAUGGCUCACCUGCUGGAGAAAUUGAUGAUGAAGACAAAGACAAGGAUGAGACUGAAACAGUUACACAGACUCAAACAUCUGAGGUUUAUGAUGGUGACGGUCCCAAAAAUGUGAGCUCUGAUGUCUCUGAUCAAGAGGAAGAUGAAGAAAGUGAAGAAUGUCCAGUGUCUAUUAAUUUGUCCAAAGCUGAAACUCAGGCUUUGACUAAUUAUGGAAGUGGAGAAGAUGAGAAUGAAGAUGAAGAAAUAGAAGAAUUUGAAGAGGGACCUGUAGAUGUCCAGACUUCACUGCAGGCUAACACUGAAACUACAGAAGAAAAUGAACACGACGAUCAGGUUCCACAGCAUGAUUUUGAAAAAUCAGCGGAAAGCAAAAAUGUCCCAUCGGAACAAGAACCCACUACUAGUAAAGACUUUCUUUUGAUGACAGAUGACCAAGAUAGCACUCCUGUGAAGCCCUCUUACCUCAAUAUCUUGGAAAAUGAGCAACCUUUAAACAGCACUGUCCAAAAGGACGCUCUUACUACCAUCGAUUCAUCUAAUCAGCCUAACGCUUUGCCCUUACCUUUAACUGAAAUUGAAACCUUGGUGCCUAGAGUCAAAGAAGUUAAAUCUGCCCAGGAAACUCCUGAAAGCUCUUUGGCUGGAAGUCCUGAUACUGAAUCUCCAGUGUUAGUGAAUGACUAUGAAGCAGAAUCUGGUAACAUAAGUCAAAAAUCUGAUGAAGAAGACUUUGUGAAAGUUGAAGAUUUACCACUUAAACUGACAAUAUAUUCAGAGGCAGAUCUAAGGAAGAAAAUGGUAGAAGAAGAACAGAAAAACCAUUUAUCUGGUGAAAUAUUACGUGAAAUGCAGACUGAAGAACUAGCUGGGAAUUCUCAGACACUAAAAGAACCUGAAACAGUGGGAGCCCAAAGUACAUGAGAUGUCUUCAGAGGCUCAUCUAACUCUCUCUUUACAUAGUCAAUGCAUAUAUGGAAAUGGCACUAAAUAAACAUCUGUUUUGAUCUGUAAAAAAUGUAAAUUAGUUUGACACUGCAUUUUUGGUAGAUGUGCUAAUUUCUGCCCAUGGCAGUUUAAAACAUCAAAAACUGAAUUCUGGACAGAUUCAAGCCUUGAUACACUGUGGGUUUUUUUUCUUUUUCUUUCUGUCAUUUUUUUUGGUCUUGAUUUUUUUUCCCCAUUGUGAUGUUUGGUAACGUUAAAUUUAAAAUGUAGUUUUAAAUAAAGUUUGGACUUAACCUGUAAACUAUCUUUUUUGGAAAUUAUGUUGAAUUCUAUACAGCAAGUCACUGUUCUGUAUAAUUAGGCUAUUCAAAGAGCAAUGGUCAAGAGUUAGAGAAAUAUACUAUUUAUUGUAAAGCCCAGCCUUUAGGCCAGGCUUCCAAAUAAUGCCAGUGUUGCUGCUAUUGGGUCUAAUGUUCUUUUAGAUACUUGCAUGUCUUAUUCCUGUGCAAGAAUAGGGCAGGUUAUAAAGGUUUCCAGGUUAUUGUAGAAUAUAUAUUAAUAUUCUAUUCAAAUUGGAUAAUAAGUUUAGAACACUUGUCCUUAGUACGUAGAACUUACAUAAUUAUCUAUUAGAUAAAUAUUUUCUAGAAUUUCAAUUCAUAUCUGUGUUGCCUCAGUCUAAAAGUAAAAAAAAAAAAGUUUUCUAUAAUUAGAGAGUAUUUCUGCACAGCCAAGUAAAGUAACAUUGUGAUUAAUUUUAAAAGGAAAACCAAGAUCUUUAAAGUAGAGAUUAAUAGAACUAAAUUUAUGUACCAGCACAUUAAAGUUCUAUAUGCCUUCGGACAACCUUGCCUUUUGAGAUGAUAGUUUAGCCAAAGCAUAGCAGUUGCUUCUGUAUGCAGUGAGAGAGAAGCAGGUUCGCAGAGGAAGUUUUGAGUAACGGAAAUCUACAUGACCUCUUUGUCAUGAAGUAAAUCAGCUUUUAAAGGUGGUGUAGCUUUAGAUCCCAGACUUGCCACAUACCCAGUAAGGCUUCACAUAGCCAGUUAACAAUUAAGUCAUCUUUACAGAUGCUUUCUUGAAUAAAAUAUGAAGAAUUGUUCCAAAUAGUCUUUUAAAUUUGUCAACAAUUAACUGAAGUAUCCCAUAAGAAAAGAAUUCGGUUGGUAUUCCUUUGAAAUUCUUGCCUGAUACCUCAGUGUAAAAGUAUAAUGUCCAGUCAGGGAGUAUUAAAUGAGGAUUUCCCUAUGAGGGCAUUGACUGUAUUGCUCCAUAACUUAAAUUAUGUGAGACAUAUAUCUCCAACUUUCUGAAUUAGUAAAACUUAUUCAGAAAACUAUCAUCCCAGAAACAGGAAUUCUUAUUCAAUUGGCUUGACUUCAGGGAAAUUGAAACAUAAGUUACAUUAUAUGUAUACUUAAGUUCUGUAUUUGUUUUCUAGACUCUGUACAGAAACUUCAUUUUGAUACUCAAGCCAAGCCUUACAUAUUAAGACUGUCUGUCUCUCUCUCUGCAUGCAUUUUAAAGAUCGAUACAGUGGAAGCGUUGUACUUAUACCUUAGUUAUUACUGUAGUAUCUGUGAACCUUAUCAAACUUGCUUAUUUGACUUAUGUUAUAGCUGUUGUAAUAUGGUCUGUUUUUUUCUAUUAUAGUAGAUAAUUUAGUUUUAAAAUACCUAGGACUUGAGAGCAGAUAACUUGUUUAAUAUGUUUUUCCCUGGUAACUGUUGCUAAAGGGUUAGGCAUUGAAUAUUACUGUUUGUCUUCAUUUUUAAGUUAAAAAUUUGGUUAGAGAUAAAAGAGGAAGAAAAGGUCAAAAUGAGUGAGAGAGAAACCUCGCAGGUUGAAAUAAUGCCUAAAAGAGUGAGCUCGCCAGACUGUGCAGCAGGUACUCUUUGUAUUUUGUAACAUUCACUUUGGGUAAAUGCUUUUUCACUGUUAAUAAAUGUAUAUCCUGCA